CUUUAAAGCUGACUUUUAAUAUACUUACAAGAAAAACAUUUAGUAAUUCUCCAAAAUUCCUUGGAUUUACACUGACGUUUAAGAUCAGCUUUGUCACAUUAGAUUAAGCCAAAGUCCAUUAGCUACACAGGUACAGAUGCAGAAAUAUAAACUAUUGUAUAUGUAACCCCCUUGAGUUAUACUUGAGUUGUUUAAAACAAUUGUAACUUUUCUUUUGUAUACCACAAAGCAAUGUUUGUUUGUUUGCUGCAAUACUACAUCUAAACAAUGCAAUAUGUGAAUGAGAUAUUCAGUGUAAGAUUCAGAUGAAGAAGCCAGCUCAACUUGCUCACACGUGGCUGGCAGUAGGUGCAAUAUAUUAUUUCAAUUACGUUAUGUUCUUUAUUUCAAAGUGUAUUUAUGUUUACUAAGACUCUUGUUGAUUGCUCAGGUUGAUGUUGCAUCUCAUCUCUGAAACAGUCAAUGCUUCAUUGUGAGUGCUUUUGUUUUUGAGAACUCUGGUGAGUUUUUGCUGAUUCAUGCAUUACUUUGGACUAAUUUACAUUAUCUUUCACUAGUUGUUGUCAUAGAAAAAACAAUCAGAGUUGUUUAUGAUGAUUAAAAUUGUAUUUUUAUAUGUGUAGGAGAUUUAAAUGUUAUUAAUUUAUGUACAACAUUAAUUAAUCGGUUUAAAUUGAAUGUUUGCAUCAUCAUCUGUAUGUAAAUGAAAACAGAAAAGGAAAAAAUAAGAUGUUGUGCAGUGAGAUAAUAUAUUCAGGCACUUUUAUGUGGUUAAGUGUGCCUAUGUUAACAUUGUUGAAUUAACAAUUGAACUCAUGAACAUUUUGUGCACCUGAUAUAAGAUGUCAAAGUAUAUAUAUUGUUAACAGCAAGAAAUGUUUAAUGUGACCUAUUUGUGCAGAUUGGUUUUUUUGAAUGUCGAUUCUGUUGAUCCAUGGUUGAACGGCGAGCCAGUGCCUGAUCUUUGAUUCAAAGAGCCAUCGCGAAUCCAUGCGGAUCUUGCACAUAAACACUACCUGGGGUGCUCUGGAGGCUUGUGGUCAGGUGACACACUUAGAGCUCUUCACCAAAAGCACUGUGAUUAAGGUGGAUCCUGAUAAACCACUCGAGGGGAUUCGGUUAGCUGCUCUGCAGGUAGGAAAAACAUUGCUUGUUCCAACACCUCGUCUUAAAACUGGAUUGUUCAAUAAGAUUGUUAGUCCGAAAGGUGCAACCAAUCAACAACUGCGUGUUUGUUCAACAUCUCGGGGUGUAAAAGAGUUCAGUGUUCCUGUUGGAUUAAAUGACAAUGUUCACGUGGAUCUUGUUGUAGUUGGAUCUGUUGCUGUAUCUGAGAAAGGUUACAGAAUUGGAAAAGGCGAGGGUUUUGCAGACAUGGAAUAUGCUAUGAUGGCAUGCAUAGGAGCUGUAUGCGAAUCCAGUGUGGUCAUCACCAUCGUUCAUGACUGUCAGGUCAUGGAGAUUCCAGAGACACUUAUUGAAGGUCACGACCUCACAGUUGACUUCAUUCUUACCCCAUCAAGAAUAAUCAAAACUGAAUGUAAACGGCCCAAGCCUCAAGGCAUCAUUUGGUCAAAGUUGGACACAGAGGUGCUGAAGAAAAUACCUAUUUUAAAGAAGCUAAGAUCAAUGCAGCAAGAAGCAGGAAAGGAUGUGACUUUAAAAACACCCCCUACUGGAGAAGACGAGAAUGAAAGCUCCGAAGAGAGCUUCCAGAGUAAUAUCCAACGUGAGCUAAAGCUGGAAUCUCACUGGCAGCAUGGGCAUUUGGUUUCUAAAGAUGACCAGCGUAGUAGGUUUAAGAGUGUGUUCCCUAAGAGUCCCGUCAGCACCAUAUACCUAGGCGACAUUCCCUCAAGGUUACGUGUGAGUGAGCUGAAGACGCUGCUCAGAGAACACGAAGCUGUUCCUUUGAGAAUCAUCUGGCAGGGUGCGCAGCAUAGAGCCUUCCUACAUUACGCUGAUAGCACGAGAGCAGAACACGCGCUCAGAGAACUACAAAAACUUUCUGUUCAUGGCAGCACCAUGCGAGCUGAAUGUGUCAGGAGUCGGGCCACGGACGGGACAGGUCAAAGAGAAGAUGAACCUUGGGGCACCUAGUGAAGAUUAAAUGAAUAAUAAUUUAAUGUGCUUUCUAAACAACAACACUAUCUCUUAUAGCAGCAAAACUUUUGCAAUUUCUUAACCACAGCUUCCAAAAAAUCCGUUUUGUUCACCUAUCUUGAAAUUCAUAGGGCUAAAGAGAUUAGUUUUGGGUGUUUCGUUUUAUUUUUUGAUAAACAAUGUCUAUAAAUAAAAAAACUACACUCAAAAUGGCCCAUUAGUUGAAUGUAUUUUAAUAACGUGGCAAAUUACCACAUAAAAGUAUUACAAUAAUAUAUCUAGUCAUGUUUUUUGGAUGCAACUAAACUCUUUUUAAGUUGACUUAAUGUAAUAGUUUUACGUGGUAAUUUGCCACGUAGUUAAAAUAAAUUCAACUGAUGAGGCAUUUUGUUUCUUUAACGCAGCAAAGCGUUUACGUGUUAUUGUGUCUGUCUGUCUGUCUGUCUGUUGGGUGUUCCUCUGGGGAUGACUUCAAACUCGCAAAAUAAAUUAAAUACAAUCAUUAUAACAGAUUGUCUUAAACUGAUUACUUCAAGUCAAAGUAUGUUUUACACUAUAACUUGAAUGUUGUUGCAUGUAAAUAUCAGUAGGUAUAUAGCACGCAAAUUUAAGGUGUAUUAAACUUGUUUCAUUGUAGAGUUUUCUGUCUUUCAAACUAUGUUUCCAGUAGAAUCAUAUGUCUGACUGUUAAGUAACUAGGUAAAACAUUAACUGGUUUACACUACUGAAUUAUUCAAUGGAGAUGUUUUCAGUAAUAUUUAUUUCAAUGAUUCAUUGUUUCAGUUAAAUUUCUCGAAAAAGGCAAAAAUUAACCCAGUAAAGGUAUUUUUUGUUGUUGUGAAUAUUUCAGAAAUUAUUUGCCACAUUACUGUAUUACUACAUAUAUUUUAGUGUUUUAUUUGUUGUUGCGUUGAGAAAAUUUCUUUAGAAUAUCAACGCUUUGUUUAGGUUUUAAUUUUUAAGAUUGAAUUAAUUAAAAAUUUGUCGAUCAAUAAUGAGUAUAAGUAUUAUAUAUUCACAGUAUAUAUCAAGUGCCUCAUUCAAAACGGUAACUACCUAAUAUUUACUGACAUGAAUGUUUAUUAAAUUGUUAAAUUGUUUUGAAAUAUAAACAGUAAAAGAACAUUGCUUUGACUCGA